CUGUCCUGAUUCCUUUUCAGGCUUCUCACCGAUACCUUUCCACCCACUCACUCUUUUCAGGUAAAAACACAGCUGUGAAGGAUGUCAUAAAUUACACCCACUUGUUGUGAGAAAAAGCUGUCUAGCAGAUGAAAUUGAGACAGUAGGAAGGUUAUACACUAUAUCAAAGAAACCCAUCAUGAAUGAAAGACCAACAUGUUGUGGCUGUCAACCUAGCAGGUUGAGAAACGACUUCACUUUUAUACUCCAUGAUGAUAUGUCUGAAGCAUUUCAACAGAACAGUCUGCUAGUUAUGUUCUCCUUAUUUUCAAGGUAUCGGCCCACUGAUAGAAUAUUUCCAAAAGAUUUCACUUUAAACAAUCACCAGAUCUUUUUAACGCGCAAAAUCUGAAAUUUAAAAAUGGUGAAUUUUUAAGCAUAUGAAGUUAUUACCUUUUUUUUAUUACUACAGUUGAUUAUUGUUGGUCUAAUUUCUUUUUGACAAGUAAAAAGAAACUGACAUUGUUGAAGAAAAUGUGCAAAAAUGAAUGAACCAAGUUUGUUUAUCUCGAGCAACUUCUCUCCCCUCCACUUACUCCCCUUCUCCCACCGAGAACUAAUGGCUGAUGGUAAUUACAUUUAAUGAGAUCAUGGGGUCGUCUGCAGAGUGCACUUCUGCAAAUUGCUCUCAGCAUGGGGUCUGAAGUGGGAUAAGGUAGGGGGCGACGGGGCAGUGGAGGUCAGGGCCAGGAGUGUUUGCCCAGUGUUUUGGGGCCGGGACCCACAUUGGCUUUACCCGUCACUCAGUGAGCAGUGGAACAUGUCGUGCAUUUGUCUGCCUUUGUCUUCCUCAUUUGUUUGUCUGGCAGAGAUAACCACACAGAGGUGGUGCUCGGCUCUAUUGUGUGAAGCUGUUGUCAGCCCAUCACGUCCCCCCAUCCCCUCCCGGCUCCCAUCUCCCCUCUUUCCCUUUCUCCCUGCUCCGCGACUGGUCAUUUCGCCACUAUUUUCUGGCUGCAGGGGGUGAUCCGGGCAAUUUAGUUAAUCCAUUAACAACUAAUUGUCUCCUCAUACCCUGUUGCUUGGACAAACAGCCCGGUGGGGGAUAAAGUCCAGCCCUGGUGACCUAUAAAUGUCACACUGGAAGAGGAGGCAGCCACUGUCACUGCAUGGAUCUCUGCAGUACACACUUACUGGGACAUUUUGAUUUGGAUUUGGUGUGGAGCCAUAGCCAAGUGACUCAUCUUUGAUUUUGCCUUGAGUCACCCAGUCUUGAGUUAAUCAUUUUCAGUCUCUCUUGCUUUUAUAUUUAUUUUUAUUAUUAAUUGUUUUGGUGGAAAUGUUGGGGAAUCUGUGGAUGCUCUGCCUGUGUCUCUGCUUCUCCUGGACCCAAGCUCGUAUAUGGGCCUGGAUGCUUAACAUGCCUCACAGCCCCCCCAAAGAAGGAGCAAAGGCGCCUAGAGAAAGCGCUCUUGUAGCCAAAGCAAUCACGGCUGUGUGCGACCAUGACAGGGCCUGUGGACGGGGUUUCUCCUGUGAUCGACACUUUGGUCUUUGUGUUCCUCUGCGAGGGGAGGGCCACUACUGUCGCAGGGAUGCCCAGUGCGUCCGCGGACUCAGCUGCAUGUUUGGGAAGUGCCACCGCAGCAUCCCCAACGGGCAAGAGGGUGCCAGAUGUAAAGUUGACAGGGAUUGUGGGACAUCCAUGUGCUGCGCUCGACACCACGGUGAGCAGGUGUGCAAGAGACGUCUGAUCAGCGGGGAGAGCUGCUAUGUUCCCGAUGGUGGUCUGGCAUUCAGCAUUAACCAGAUUUGUCCAUGUGACGAGGGGCUACUGUGUCGAAAAGACGAUGCAUCACACCAGAGAGAGAGAGAUUUUAUUUACCAGCUAGAACGAACAAGUUGGACCUGCCAAGUGGCCAAAUCUUGAUGCCAGCCUCAACAUUAAAGCAAUUUAUUGUGUAAAUAUGUUGUAUAUGAUUGUAUAUAAAGAAAUGUAUGUAUUUUUCAAGUAUGCUGUACUGCUACAUGGUUCUUAUUAGAGUCUUACAGCAAGGAUGUUUUGUUUUUUUAUUUCAUUUUGUACAUUUUGACAAAAGCACUACUGUAUGUAGCUCAACAAUGCCUUACAGUAUCUUCCUCAUGCCUUUAAUGAUCUUUGAUUGAUCUAUAAAUGUUUAUUCCCCUUCAAUUUAAAGAAU